AUGGGUACACAUAGAGCGCGACUCGCAAGUCAACUCUUUCGACUUCCUAGUUUCGAGAAAUCGAAGUGUCCAUGUUUACCAGUUAGUUUUUGGUUUAGUUUUAGUUUUCGUCAUGAUAAUGUUGAUAAUAAUGAUGACGAUGAUGAUAUAGACUGUAUUGGUAAUGAUGAUGAUAAUAAUAAUUAUGAUAAAGCUAACAAUGAUGAUAAAGUUGACAAUGAUGAUAAUUAUAAUGAUGAUAAAACUGACAAUGAUCAUAAUUAUAAUGAUGAUAAAACUAACAACGAUGAUAAUAAUAAUGAUGACAACGAUGAUAUUGACCAUAAUGAUGGUACUGCUGAUGCAGACUAUACCGAUAAUGAUGAUGAUAACAACAGAGAUGAUUUUGAUGAGAAUGGUACUGAAAAUAAUACGGGUGAUGAUAAUAAUGAUAAGGAUAGUGCUAAAGAAGAUGGUAAUAAUGAUGAUAAUGAUAGUGGUGACCGUGGUAAUGAUUAUGAUAAUGAUAGUGGUAACCGUGGUAAUGAUUAUGAUAAUGAUAGUGGUGACAGUGGUAAUGAUUAUGAUAAUGAUAGUACGUAA